AAGAUUAACUCAUCUUAGUCCAAAUUCUACAGUAAUACGGUCGAUUGGUGACAGCAUUAUUAUAUAAGAAGACUGCAUUUCCUGGAAUUUCAACGUAAGUUUUUCGACAUGACAUUUGGAUGCCGAAUCAUUUGGAUAUUGCCAAUUGUAUUGGCCUGCGCUGGGUUAUCUUCGGCUGGUCUGAAAACUAAGCACGAAUGGAAAUACGUCGACUACGUAUGGGAGAACGAUAAGCAAAAACAAGAUGCCAUCCACAUGGGGGUUUAUAACUACGCAACAAUCGUGAUAUUCGACCAUCAGCCACUGCCAGAUGGUCGACAAGUGAUAACAACUCCGAAAUUCUCCAACAACCCUGCUACGUUAUCGAUAGUUUCCAAUAAAAUCGGUGACGGUGGUCCGUUGUUGGCUCCCUACCCAGAUUGGAGCUGGCAUAAAGCAUCGGGAGACUGCUCCGGCAUCACGAGCGUUAACAGAGCAGUCAUCGAUAAGUGCAACAGAUUGUGGAUCGUCGACUCUGGUACAAUCGGAGACGAGCGGGUGUGCCCGGCAAAAAUUCUCGCCUUCGACUUGAAAAAUGAUAGGCUGGUAAAAGAAUUUCAACUCUCAGAUGAUCUGAUGCGCAGUCCUUACAAUAAUUACAAAGGACUGCUCGAAGUACAAAUCGUAGAAUCGUCUGCCGACGCCUGCGAUACAUACUGGGUGUAUAUCGCAGAUGGGCGGAGUUAUGGUGUAGUAAUUUACGAUGGAAUGGACGCGUGGCGAAUCGACGAAAAAGUCUUCUUCCCGACCAAACAAGGCUCGCAAUUCAGUAUUGCUGGAGAAAAUUUUACUUUGGAAGUUGGACCUUCUGCCUUUUUGAUAACCCCAGACGGAUUUUUAAAAGAGCCCUACAUGAUUUUUAAAAGCCUAUCCAACUUCAAAUCGUGGGCGGUUACUUUGAGGGAGUUGCACAGUUCUAAGUGUGGGAAUGAAGUCAACCUCUACGUCUCCAAUUACACAGGAUCGAGUCAAGAAGCAGGGAAGGGUUAUUCAAAAGAUGGCGUCCUCGUAACUGGUUUCGCUCAGCCAAGGCAACUCGUGUGUUGGAAUCUACAGUACCCUCUGGAAUCAGAAUACGUCGGUGUUCUGGCGCAGAAUGACACUACCUUGCAGUACAUUAACAGCGUCAAACUGAUCACGGAAAAUGGUUGUUCAAUCGAAAAACUUUCGGUCAUGACAAACAGGUUCCAGAAGUACAUACUGAAGACUAUGGAUUUCACGGAAGUUAACUUUAGAGUUAUGACGGCUGACUUCAAUGCCCUCGUCAAAGGCACCGUGUGCGAGCCGACAGGUCGCCCUGUAGUUGUAAAUAGUAUAGUGGAAAAGGAAUACUUACCUCUAUAGGUUACGUAAGCCUGUCUCCAACAUGGAGUUCCUUGUUCCUCUUUGUGUUCUUAAAAUAGUCCAAUAGCUCGGAACACGAGAUUUAUGUAUUCGACAGAUAUAUUGAAACAUUGAAAUAUACAUUGGUUGAAGAAUCGUA